AGUGUUUACAGUCACUUCUGGUCAUUUUCACACUCAUUGUGGCUUUUAUGUUAGUUCCUGAUUUUACAUCUUUUUUUGAACACUUCUUUAAAAACCUCACAGCCAAAGAACUGACUGCUCGACAAACAUCAUGAAAAUACUCCCUUAAACUUCACUCUCUUUUGACAAAGAUGGCUGGGACUCUGACUUUUCUUCUCGUUUGUUCUCUGCUGCAGGGUGCUCUGUGUGAAAAGUGGGCCAUCAAAAUGCCACAGAAUAUAAAUGUCUUGAGAGGAUCCUGUGUGACCAUCCCCUGCUCCUUUGAUGUAAACAGCGACCAUGAAAAAUACUUAGCUCAUACAUGUAAAGCAUUUUGGAAUGAUUCACCUUCAUUUAACAGUGAAAAUGCAAAACUAAAGCCAACGAAAGACAUGACAGGAGAUCUAACAAAGAAAGACUGCACCACAACUUUCAAUAAUACACGUCUCCUUCAAAGUACUAAAUAUUUCUUCAGACUGGACUGUGAUAAUCCAUUAAAAUACACUUUUGAACCUGGUGUAGAUAUUUCAUUAAUAGAUGUUCCUCCCUCUCUGACUCUGACUCCAUCCACACUGGAGGUGAAGGAGGGAACCUCAGUGAGUCUGACGUGCUCUGCUCCAGCUCCAUGUUGGUCUCAUCCUCCAGCUCUGACAUGGACCCCUGACCUGGGUCAGAGUCAGGAGACACUGCAGGAGAAUCAGGACAAAACUAAAGUCAAGACUUCUGUUAUGAAUUUCACUGCUUCUCACCUCCAUCAUGGAAAUAAAAUCUCCUGCACUGCUGUCUACAGGAAACAAAAUGGCAGCCCUUAUGUCACUGCUGAAACAAGUUUAACUCCUGAUAUUUCAUAUUCACCGAAAAACAUCACAGUUUCAGUCAGUCCCUCUGGUCCAGUACCAGAGAACAGCAAUGUGACUCUGACCUGCAGCAGUAAUGCCAACCCAGCAGUGAGGAACUACACCUGGUACAGAGCUGAUGGAGACCAGGAGGCUCUCAUUGGGACUGGAAGCUCUUUUAAUGUUGCUGUUUCAAAAGUCAAAAGUAUAUUUUUCUGCAAGGCUACAAAUGCACUUGGAUGUGAACGAUCAAGAAACCUACAAAUAGAUGUUCAAUAUUCACCUAAAAACAUCACAGUUUCAGUCAGUCCCUCUGGUCCAGUACCAGAGAACAGCAAUUUGACUCUGACCUGCAGCAGUAAUGCCAACCCAGCAGUAGAAAACUACACCUGGUACAGAGCUGAUGGAAACCAGGAGACCUUUAUUGGGACAGGAAUGAGUUUAUCUAUUAAUGUCUGCAGAGACACACGGGCUUUGUUUUGCAAAGCUAAAAAUGAAAUUGGAGUUGGACACUCCAGAAACAUGCAAAUUGAAGUUCAGUAUCCUCCACAGAUCCUGCUCUCAUCACACUGCAGCUCAACACAAAGUCAGCUCAACUGUUCCUGUGAGACUCUGGGAAACCCAUCCCCCACUAUACAGUGGUAUUUGAAUGAACAACCUGUCAAUCACUCUAAAUGUGAAAUAUUCAAUCAGACUCUGAACAGGACAAUUCUGAGGAGCUUCUUCACUCUGAAUCAGCCUCAUAAGAAGGAUCAUCUCACCCUGCUUUGCCGCAGCUUCAACUCUCUGGGCUCAGCCAGUCAACAAUUUUGUGUCAGCAGCCAACAGAUUUCCACAGAACAUCAACUUCUGUAUCCAGCUGUAAUAUCCACUCUUGCAGUGCUGCUGUUAGCACUGCUACUAUAUGUGUUUUUUAUCAGGGUUCAGAAGAAUCCCUGUAAAAAUAAAGGUCACUUAACAGAUGAAAACAACACAACUGCAACGAGUCAGCCUCUGACUGAAGAAGGAAAUGAGGAACCAAGCACAACAGAAGAGUGCAUUUAUGCAAACGCUGAUGGACUGAGAAGGGCAGAAAAUCUACACCCUGCAAACAUCGCUGGACCAAGCAGCACUGACUUGCCAAGCUCUGGGCCAAAAAAUGCAGAAGGAGGAUGCAAAAAAUCAGACAAGAAAGGGGACGAGAACGAACUGAUUUACUCUAAUGUGAACUGGAAGAGGAAGAGCAAGAAAAAGAAGGGUGAAAAAUCUUUGGACAUGAAUCCACCUGGCAGAUCUUAUUUGGGAGAGGAGAAGUGCAUGGUCAUGGGCUUGUUUGGCACAGUAUCUCAGAUACUCCCUGAAAAGGUCAAAGACUGGGUCGCUACCAAGUGGCUACAACUGGUCCAAGGAGACCUGUUAGAGAAGCUGGGAGAAGCUUUGGACAUGCAGUAAGCAUGCUUGAAAUUUGCUGGUAAUUCAUUUUAGUCUGAUUACCCUGCAACAAACACAUGGCUCUGAGCAUGACCCAGUUAUAGUCUGGCUUCAUCUGGGAUGUGAUAAGGCCUUCCUAUGAUUGAAUGCACCAAAUUCCAAGUAAUAAAAUGCAAAAUUAUUUUAGUGGCCAGCUAUAAAUAGUCUAUGCUCGAACCAUUUCCGGCCAUCAUGAAAGUAAAUUUGUAGAAGAUGAUGAAAUCUUUUUUUGGAACAAUCUUUUAAAAUAAUUUUAAAAUUUAAAAACAAUCUUUUAAAAUAAUUUUAAAAGAUUAAAUAUAAAAUAAUUCAUAGAAUAUAAAAUAUAGAAUAUAACUGCACAAACAUCUGAAUCUUAUUGUUAAGCUGUUUUGUAUGUUUGUUGUAUUAACAUGCAAUUGCAGGAAAAGUGUUGAUAACUGUUCUGAUAAUUAGUUGUUGUAUUGUGUACCCAAUCACACACUAUCUAUAUAUAGAGGUGAUAUUAAUAUAUUUAUAAUAUCAUGAUAAGCAGACAUGAUAAUUAUGAAAAAUACAAGGACCAUUCACAGUGAGUUGUGCUUGAUUUAAGUUUCUGUCUUGUUGUAGUCUAUAAAUAGAAUUAAUGAUAGUUUUUUCAAGAAAUUAUUUUGUCAAACUUUGUUUUUUUAAAUUCAGUUCAUCUGGGAGUUCUUGUCUUUUGUUAAUGUGCUUUGGUGCUUUCGAGUUCACUCAUGGAUUCACUCAUGCUAUUCCGUAUUCGUAGAAUGUAUUCACUUGCUACAACACACUAGAUUUGGGGGUGACUGAUAUCUUGUAGGUUUUCUUUCCUGUACCUUUGUCCUCUCAGGUGUAUGACGUCAUUUCACUGAGUAAAUGUUCUGGGUUGCAUUGGCUGAUAAUAAUAUUUGUUCAUCACCUGAUCUAACCUGAUUUUGAGUUCCUACGUUCCUCCUUAUUGCAUUAUGAAAAGUGAUGUAUAAAUAUGUAUGUAAUCAUUUUUCAAAGAACUUACGUUAACACAGGAAUCUGUCCCAAUCCAUCUAACCUUUGUCACACUGCUUUAGAAUUUAAUGAACAACACGUGAUGAAGCGUUUAGCAAACUGGAAAUUCAGUGAAACAAACAGAGCCCUUCUUUCGGAGUUUCUCAUCUUCAGACUGACUGCCUUAAAUGAGCACAGCAAGUUUCCUGUUUGAGGCUAAAUAGCACAAAGAGUAGCAGAGCAAUUUAGGUUGUGGUCAAAAGAUGGACUUGAGAACAGAGACAGACUGGGCCAUCGCAAACACAGUGAAGCAGCAUCCAUCUGGCCAGCUGCUGCGUUUCAGAGGUUGAAAGGCCAAAGGUGACUUAUCGGAUGCUGUAAAGUGACUGCUGUCUUCAUGGCGGCCGCUCAUCUGCUUAGACUGCUGAGCUUGAUGACUGUUCUCCAGCAGGUGAACGGGUUCAGCAUUAGAGUACCCAAAACAGUUGUUGCUGUUGAAGGAACCUGUGUUAUGGUGCCAUGUCAGACAGACCCUUACGAACGAGUCAACUGGUACCAGUACCAUAAUCUAAAGUAUCCUAUUGUUUAUGAUGGAUUUUAUACUCAUAACGUGGAACAGAAGUUCAGAGGACGCACCAAAGUAUUGGGCAAUGCUGCAGAGGGAAACUGCACCCUGACGAUUGACAAUGUGAGCACAGCUGACCAUAACCUACGUGUUUAUGUGUGGAUCAAUCCAGGCUCUCAGACAACUCAGAAAUUCCAUGAUCAAACUGUAACUAUCAGUGUUG